AUGGGCUUCAUCAGCCUCUUCAUUCCGGAAAAGUCCGCUCAUCGUAUUGGACACCGAGAUCCAUUCUGGAAUGGACGCAAGAAGCCGUUCAUGAUUGCAGCUAUUGCUUCUUUCAUGUUACUACAAAUCUUGUUCCUCGUGAACAUGUCAUAUUUGUUCGGCUCGUUGUUCAAAUCAGAACACAGAGUCCACAACCUCAACAUCCUCACCGUCGAUUAUGACGGCGGCGUCAUUGGAAAGAGUCUACAAGGUGCCAUCACACAACUCAAGGCCGACACAUUCCCUACCUUCGACAUCGAGAGCAGCUCCAAGUACCCCGAGGUUGAAGACAUCGUGCAAGCUGUCAGAAGAGGAGAUCACUGGGCUGCCGUCUUCACUCAUGCUGGAGCUUCCGAGCGCCUUGCAGCCGCCCUCGAGGGUGGAGAUGCAGCAGCAGCUUACGACCCUACCAACACAAUCACCUAUGUCUGGAACCAGGUUCGCUACCCAGCCGUGGAAGACGCCACCAUCAAGUCCAGUAUGUCUCAGCUUGUGGCAGUCGCUCGCAUCGCAUACAACCACAUGAACGGCACUGGAGCACUGCAAGCUCUGAACAAGAACGACCCUGCCGCCCUCCAAGCUUUCCUCAAUCCCAUUCAAGGUGGAGAUAUCAAUAUCAUGCCCACAACCCAGGGUACCCGCGUCUUGUAUAACACUGUCGCUAUGGUUAUGCCCAUCAUCAUGCAGUUCUUCUUCCUCAUGGCCAUAAAUGGUGUCAGUGCUGAGUUCAACCUAUACUCGCACCUACCAAUGCUCAACAACGGUAUCAUCCGCCUGGUUUUGAGUCUUUCAUACACCUUCGUGGGCUCACUGUGCUGGGUCGGCUACAUCUGGGCUUUCCGCGAGGACUGGUCUGUAGGUGCAGGUCAAUUCUUCUGCACCUGGGUCAUCAUCUGGCUUUUCAUGCACAUCAAUUUCGCAGUGAUCGACGUCGCUACCGGUUUCAUCCCAAUGAAAUUCCUCCCCUUCUUCGUCCUCACCUGGGUCAUCCUCAACGUCACCAGCACAAUCUGGCCCUUCGAACUCGCACCCGGUUUCUACCGCUGGGGUUACGCACUUCCCGCCCACGAAGUCUGGCAAGUGCUGAUCCAGAUCUGGUCAGGCGGCGCCGUCGACCGUCUCUAUCAGGCCUUGCCUAUCCUCUUCACUUGGGAGAUUGUGUUCUUGCCUUUGGCUGUUAUUGCAUUGAACCACCGUUGUGCGGUUGCAGAGAGAGAGCACAAAGCUAAAGAGGAGGAGAGGAGACAGCUUAUUCUGGCGGCCGAGAAGGGGAAGGCUGAUGAGAUGGGUGAGGGUAGGACUUCGGAGUCGGUGGCUGAGUCGCCUGUUGAUGAGAAGGUGCAUAGUUUUGAGGCUGAUGUUGCGAGAAACCCUUACUCGCCUGCUAUCCCUCCUCCGGUCUGA